AUGAACAACGCACAUGUGUUAGUCAGUGGUAGCCGGUUGCGACUCGUGCCGUACUUGGCGCACCACGUCCCUCGGUACUAUGAGUGGAUGGGCGACACUGAGCUGAUGCAGUGCACAGCGAGCGAGAGGCUUACGUUGGAGGAGGAGUACGAAAAUCAGCGCGAUUGGUUAUGUGCAGAGGACAAACUGACGUUUAUUCUUCUAGCCCCACUUUCUGUGAUUGCGAGGAAGCCGCCCAAAGAAAUUGCGGGGGCUACUGCCUUUGGAACAUGCACCGCAGUGAAGGGCCCACUGGAUGAUGGCGAUGCCGGAGACGGUGAAGCAGCCGAGGGAAAAGAGAUUGUGCGUGUGGGAGAUGAAGGUGGUGCUGCUUCGCUGGAUGGUGUGGGACCCAAGGCGCCAGGGGCACGCACACCUUCCGUCCCCGUCCGCUCGGGCCGCACGGGUGGCAACUGUGAGGCGUACGUGAUGGUUGGAGACUGUAACCUCUUUCGUCUUGGCGGCACUGAGGCGGAACUGUUGGAGGACGAGGAGGCCGCCCCCUCGGACGCAAAAGGAGGCUGCUUCGAAGUGGCGGUGAUGAUGGCCGAACGUACCUUUCGUCGGCAGGGCGUUGGGGAGGAGGCCGUGCGGCUCUUGAUGAGUUACGCCAUUGACAAACUGGGCGCCUCAGUUUUUGUUGCGAAGAUUCUAAACACCAACACGCCCAGCAUUCGCCUCUUUACGGAGAAGCUCGGCUUCACGUUACUGAAGGAGGUUCCAGUCUUCAGGGAAUUGCACUUUGUCAGGCGCUUUGUCACUGCGGCGGAGCGGGCGGCGUGGAUGUCGGCCGCUGGCUACGCCGUCAGCGAGUACGAUGCGACCACGGAGGAAGCGUUGCACGUCUUGUACUCAGUGCCGAAUACCGGCUGA